ACAGACCACCGCACGGAACAACGGCGAGACAAUGUCGGGCCUCGAGUCGUACGUUAACAAUACGGUCUCAAUCAUCACCGCCGACGGGCGCAACUUUGUCGGCACCCUGAAAGGCUUCGAUCAGACGAUUAACAUCAUUCUGGACGAGUCGCACGAGCGCGUUUAUUCGAUGAAUGCUGGCAUCGAACAGGUCGUGCUGGGUUUGCACAUAAUUCGCGGCGAUAAUGUGGCCAUCAUUGGGCAACUGGACGAGAGUGUGGACAGCAAGCUAGACUUCUCCGCUAUCCGCGGCAUGCCGCUGGAACCGGUCGUGCAUUGAUGGCGGAGCCAUCAGUUAGUAAUAUGUUCAAAACUCCAACGGUUGAGCCCGAAGCUCAGACUCUUUUUGUUUGCAAUGAUGCGCGAUUGCAACGUGCACGGUGCAAAUACGACUAAAGCUACCAAACUUAAACACAUAGGAAAUUCGUGCACCCUUUCUAUCGGGUUGAAAAGGUGCUUCAAAGAACACGCGAUAUAAUGUUUAAUCACGUCGAUGAAGGAUGUAAUUUAGGAUGAAAAAUAAACAGCAGUUAUAA